AACUUACACUGACUGGUCCUGACAGGCAGAGAAAAAGGCCAGAGAGAGGCGAGGAAAGUCCCUGAAACAUCCAGCUUUACUCGCUGCUUGAUGUUGUUUGCAGUGACAGCUGUAGAUCGAGGAACUGUCAUCUUUAACUAGAUUAUUCCUCACAAUGCGAUGGCAAACGCUUUGAAGAUAUUGUUUUAUUUUGAGCCAUAAAUUCUGAGUUGCAGAGUGAAUUGCGCUGCACCUUAACCUCUGCAGAAGUGAACAUUAAGAGUGACUUUGUGUGGGUUUUUUUUGUCUCAACUUUGGAGAGCAGGUGUUAUGGAUCUUCGGUGUCUCCUGUGCUGCAGAGUUGCCCUGCUGCUUCUCUCGAUGCCAUGUGGGCUCUACUGUAUGUCGGUGCACAUUCUCAAUGAGGGGCCCAUGUAUGUCAUUCCCGGCUCACCACUGAUUCUGGAAGCCCGCAUUGAGCAGGGACCCCUGGAGGAGAUCUCUGUUGUUACCUGGGAACGGGAGCCUGAAUCUGGAGUCGCUCCCGGGAGAGAGACUCUGGCCACAUGCCCUGGCAAAGGCUCCGAAUGUGCUGGUACAAGUCCAAAUGUCAGUGGGAACAUGCAGCAUCAAGUGGCGACACUUCGGAUUCACAGAUACAAGAGCCCAGACAGUGGCGUCUACGCUGUGACGGUGACGGAUCACAGAGGGGUCAAAACCACCGCACACUGCAUCAUCAGGAUGUAUGAGGCGGUUCACCACGUCUCAGUCAGCAUCAACAUAUCUCACUCCUCGUUGAUUUGUGGAGAAUCCUGGGGGACGGAUCCUCACUUCAACUGGCUCCAUGAGAAAAUUGCCAUCACUCAGAGUGUGGGGACGGUCUCCAAAGAUGGAAGUACACUGGUUGUAACCAUGAAACCUUUCUGUGGACACUUCACCUGCGUCGUCAGUAACAAGCUGGGCUACAGUUCUGCUUCCUUCACUGCAGCACCUUGUGAGACAGAGGGCAGAGGGACGACAGUGGCUGUGGUGUGUCUGGUCCUCCUGCUGAUGCUGGUUGGAGGAGUGCUGGCAUUUCUGCUGUGGAGGAGACACAGGCACAAUAGCAGAGGACAGUGGCUGCAUGAACAUUUGGAUGACACCAUCUAAAAGACGGCUGAGGACACACGGCUGAGGUCUCAGGGCGGAGAGCAGGAAAUUGUUUGGUCUCUAAGGGAGGAACUUCCUGUCCUGUGAGCAGCAUGACCUUAAACUGCACCGACAAUGUGAAGAGUGAACUGCUUGCAGGCUAAUACAAAUAUCUUGAAUUGGAUAUUUAUCUUGCAGAGCCCAAUUUGCCAUUACACUGCCUCCUUGCUGGACUGCGACUAUUACUGUGUGUUUAAUGGAAUCCUCUGGAUAUACUGUAUGACUUAAAGUGGUUAAAAUGUACUCUUGAUAUCAAAGCUGGAGGAUUUCAGGGCCACUUGUGGUCAAAGCUAUACCUUUCUUUAUGUGGAUCUUGUUCUGUACAUGUGUGAGCUGUGUUUUUUUAAUGUAUCACUCAUUAAGAAAAUGUGCUUUAGAAAAAAAAAGCUGCUUCAGCAAUGUACUGUUAGGAGUUUGUCUGGCCCCUACCCCAUGUCACUGUUUUUAGACAUGCUGAUGGUCUGGUUUGCUUUUGUAGGUCACAAAGGGACAUCAUUUUUAAUUUCAUUCAGUUCCACAACCAGAUAAAGACUUCUCUCAGGAGCUUUAAGCUUUAAAAAAAAUCUGAAUAAAAAUACACUUUUAUAA